AUGUCGCAGAGACCGAAGGAGAAUAUCGACGUGAUGAAGGCCAACACUGCGGCGACGAAGAUCCAGGCCAACUUCCGCGGGUAUCGUGUGCGCAAGCAGCUGAAGGAAUCCCAGCGUCACCAGCGUUCGCAGGACCAGCAGCAAGAUCGGCAGCAGCAACAGCAGCAACAGGACCCGUCGAAGGAACAUCUUCUGAAGAGACAGAACACUCGAGAGGCGCUCGAGGAGAAAUCCGCGACGAAGAUCCAGGCGGGCAUUCGCGGCUUUCUGGUGCGGAAGCGGCAGCAGGCCGUUCAGGCCGCGGCGACUCGAAUCCAGGCUGGUUUCCGCGGCUUCAGAACGCGGAAGUUGCUGAAACAGAACGGCCAGUAG